AUGGGAAUGGAUGGAACGGGGAGUUUUGAGGGUGGUGGGAGGGAAAGGGAGGGAAGUGUGAGUUUGAGUUUGAGUGAGAAGGAAGGGGGUGGAGUGCAGAGGGGAAGUGAAGCGGGAGAUGGAGAUAGAGAUAGAAAUGGAAACGGUGAUGCACGAGGAAAGGGGAAGGGAAAGGGAAAAGGAGGUGUGUUUGACGACUUCACACUACAAGCUGUCGAGGGAAAAAACACAAAGAACAGUGUAUGA